AUGAACAAUGUGCUAGUGACCAGCAAAGCAAAUUUAUUUCGUCUGCUGCAAUGCGAAAUCUGUCUCGAAAGCGUCCAGGACGCCCGGCUCUGUCCGCAAUGCUCGCGAUUCUUUUGCGACAAGUGCAUCCACGGCUGGAUAACUACCAGAUCCAGCAGCUGUCCCAGCUGCCGUGCGGUCCUACGCUACGAUACUCUGGUUAAGGGGUGUUCGAUCAACGAGAUGCAGGAAUCGAUCACGCUACUGGUUUCCUCCCUGGAAAAACACUACCCGGAAGCUGCCACGGCCAACAACUAUUGCGAAAGACACGAGAAACUGCAGGUGAAUCUGUUCUGCUACUCGUGCGAGAUGAACGUUUGUGCCAAUUGUUGGUUCUCGGAGGACCACGCUGAUCACAAGGAACGGGUCGUACCACUUGAUGAAGCUUACGAGCACUACCGGCAGAACAUGAGAAUGGCCCUUGCCUGGGUUGACGGACGGAUGCAGCUCAUCGAUCAAGGGCUGAGCAAGGUGACCAAAAAUCAGCUACAACUUAGUCGUGAACGGGAGAAUAUCGAGAAACUACGUAAAAAGUCGGUGGCCCUGGUUGCCGGUGAAGCAAGCCCUGCAACGCUCAUCAACAUUGUGAAUAUCGAAAGAAGAAUAACGGAACUGCGUUCAACACAGUAUCAACCGGAAACGGAGACAAUCAGAAUUGAACAUCGCAGGAACUUCAUGCUGGAGUCAACUGUACUGAUCUUUCGCCGGACAGAGUUUCACAAAACGAUUCAGGGGAAAGAUUCGUACGAAUCGAACGCCAAAGGUCCCCAUGGAUUUGUAUGGAAGUGCACGAUCACAACCGUAGAUCCCGAAGGCGAAGGCGAUGAUGGUGAUGCCGAGGAUGAUGACAUACUCUCCUGUCUUACCUUGAUCGAGGGGAAACCAAGCGAGUACAGCGUAACAUUUGAGAACGAACCGGAACGGGUGCAACGGUUCGAGCUGAAUAAACCCGUACGGAUCGGUCAGUUUGAUCCCGCCAGGCACGUCGACAAUGAUACGCAGCAAGUGACCGUCCGAAUUCGCCAGACCUACGCUGACAGAAUCCAACAGUUGCAGGCUCAUAUCGCUCGGUUGGAGCAGGAAUGCGCCGACCAGAAGUCCUACAAUAAACCAUUGUUGUCCGAUUGCGAGAAGAGCAUGGAACCCUCCGCCAGUUAGAUAGUUAGACUAUCAGAUGCUGAUAGUUUGGGCACAUGCUUCAUUAUUAUCUAUUAUUGUCCUUUUGGAUGAAGAUAAUUACGUUUGUUUUGUUUUUUCAAUACAAUAAUUCUAAAUUGCUUUAGAAAGGUAAAUAUUUCACUUUUCAAAAAUUCGAGCGA